CUGGUCCAAACCCCUGCUGAAGCAAAAUCCCUACACAGUAGAUUGCACAGGAAAAUGUCCAGGUGGGUCUUUGAAUAUCUCCAGAGAAAGAAACUCCACAAUCUCUCUGGGCAGCCUGUUUCAGCGCUCACAGUAAAGUUCUUCUUCAUAUUUACAUGGAACUUCAUUUCCUCACUUCUGGAGCAGUUUUCCCACCAGACACUGUUCCUGUCUUUAUUUGGAUAGUGCUAUAUUAUCCCUAUCUGCAGAUGGAAAUACAGGGUGAUUUAACCACAGUUGUACUGCAGGCCAAUGCUAGUUGGUUUGGACUCCAAGGACACCCGUACUCUUCAAGUACUUCCAUAUCACAGCACCACACUUCCAGAAAGGGGAGAGACAACAAAAUUCCUGGGGUUGGACUGGAUGAUCUCCAGAGGUCUUUUCCAACCCCUAUAAUUCUGUGACUCUUCUCUGUGCGCAGAUCCUGGGGCUGAUCCCCAGGCAGAAACAGACUGCUUCCUCGGAUGCCAUUUAUGAGCAUCUAUCUGCCUUUAUGCUGAUCCCAUUGUUGGUUUUAAAAUGAUACCUUCCUAAAUUUUGGCAUUUAUGAUUUUCCUGGUGUUCACCACAGAGACUCCAUCUUCAACAGCAUUUUGUAAUAUAAUUUCCAUGUGUUCAGGUUCUCACACAGUAAAUGAUUCUGAAACUUUAGUGGCAUCAAUUUGUGUUGGAGCUACUACUACAGUUGAAGCCUAAAAGUCAAUUUUGUCUGUUUUCUGCCUAUACAGUCUGACUAUUUCAUCUACUUUGUCCCAAAACGCCUCAUUUGAAAUACAGAGCCUAUGUAAACUACCAGUAUACAACCAAGUACAUCCCCCUCGAUUAAAGAGAGUUGGGAUAUCUGUUUUUUUCCACUCAGGUCUGGCCGACUUUGGCGUUUUCAGCCACCUGGUGUUUCAGAGGCUUCGGUAAUUCCACAAUAAAACCUCGGCACAUCAGCCCCCGCCCGGCGAAGCGCCGCUGCCGCCUUUCCACACUCCUACGGCGCAGGGCCUCGCAGGGGCGCGGCGGAGCGUCCCUCACGCCGCCCGGGCCGCCAUGACGCGGCGCGGAGGGAGGCAGCCCUUCUUCGUGAGCUGCUCGUCGCUGGCGGGAGGCGCUGGGCCUUGAGAGACGGAGCAGUGAACUGAGAAGUGGCGAGGGACCCGCAGUGCGGGGAGGGGGGUGGGAGGCGGCAGAGUCGGUGGUGGUAUCUGUCUGUGAGGCAGUAGGGAGGCGUGGGGUGGGAAGUGGCUGUGGGCUCGCAGGUUGUGCUUCUCUCGGGCCAGGCUCUGCUGCGGCAGGAGAAGGUUGUGCUCCCUUCCUGCUCGGGCCUGCGCUUCUCAGGGCCCAGGCUAGGCAGCGUGCUGGUAGAGGUGUGCGGGCGUGUGGGGUUUGCAGGGCUUGGUGGUGUCCCCCACAAUGCCGCAGUUAAGAUCUGGGAAGGUGGUCGGGGCUGAGACACUGCUUGCUCUCCGGAGUGCAGAGGUGGGGUGUGAGCUAGGGAAGCAGGUGGCGGUCGAGCUGAGUCCUCAGCUGGCAUCAGAGAGGGAACCUGAGCAGCCCUCACCUUCACGUUCCCAACCUGCUGCACACUCUGGAGGUUCCUCUGAGCAGCUUUCUUUUCUUGUGUCUGUGCAGAAAGAGCAAGCCAAGAGUAGGCAGAGGCCAGGUGGUAAGAAAAACAAGGGGAUACAGAGCAGGGUGUCUUUUAAAAGGAAGAAUGGUUCUGCUCUGCAGGUAUCAGACAGUGCUGUGUGUGAAGGUGGGCAAGCAGCCAUAGUAGCAGGAGCAUGUUUGGAAAAGACUGUAGGCAAAGAGACAGGACAAGGUCAGCAGUCAUUUUGCUUAGGAACUGACUUGCAGAAUACCUUGUCUGGAAAGACUGGCAGCCCAGAAAGACCAAACCUCUCUGGUUUCCAGGACAAUAAAAGACCUUCGGGAAAAAAACGCAAGCAUUCCUAUAUGGAAUUGAAAUUGCAAAUCCCAGCCUUGGAGGAGGAUCUUGAGAGGACAGAGGGGCAUAGUGUUGUUUCCUGUUUGUCAGAACCUGAGGUGCUGCAGCCUAGAAAGGGUGUGUGUAGUACUGAAAUGAAAGGCACUGCCUCCUUAAUGAUACUGAAUCUGCAAAUCCCAGAUCUUAAGAGUUUGGGGACUGAGGAGUCUUUCUUGUCUGAACCAAAACCUCGGGAAGUGGUGAGUAACCCAGAGAGUACGGAUGGGUGUUCCUUAGAAGGGCUGAAAAAGCCAAAGAAGGGAGGAAAGAGAUACUUGACAAAGAAAGGCAGGCAGUCUUUGGUGAAAUCAGAACUACAGGGACCAAAAUCUGCCCUGCUAGAGCUGUAUACACAGCGUGUGGAGUCCAAGGAAAACUCUGCAGGUCUGACAGAGGAAGACUCAUUGCCAUUACUAUGUGUGCAGGGCUUAAGUGGCCAAGAACAAUCAGCAAUUGGAGGAGAGCAGCGCAAGUGUUGCGUCGUAGAACAUCAACUGAGCUCAGAUCUUCAGAAAGGAGCAGAUAGCGUGCAAGAAAGUGCAAAGAAAAAACAGAAAAAAAAUAAACAGAAUUCAGGUAUACAAGCAAUGAAGAAGUGUAAGGCAAAUCUAAUGAGAUCAGAAAAUCCCUGCGAAAAGGAAUCUCACUUCUUGGAAUCUCCUGCAGUUGAUGCGUUAAGUGAGACACAAAGCAAGAUUUUUCUGUGUCAUUCUGAAACUAAAAAGUCUGGUGUGCAGCUUAAAAAAAGGAAACCCAGAACUGAUUCUAUCAAGUGUUUGCAGAAUCUUAGCUUAACUGCAGCUGAAAAAGUGAUAAAUGCAGAACAUGAUGAUACAGAGAAUAGUAGAAACAGCCUAAACAACUGUAACAGCUUGCUUGAUGUAACAAGGAAGAAUCCAUUUGUAAGGUUAGAGGCCUGUAGUUGCAUCAACACAUUGGUAAAAUCUUCGAUGAAUGGAGCUACCAGCACCUUUAGUGUAAGUGGAUUCUUCCAUAAAGCCCAGGAUGAGAGGAAUUCCAUUAGUCCUGGCGAUACUAUAGAACGGAGUGAUAUAAAUUGCAGCACUAAUAGAAUGCAAGAUGAGGGAUCACUCAUAAAAGAUAGUUUAGCGUUUAAUAAAGAAGUAAAAGCUCAGCAUAAAGGGCAUUUUUUGUGCAACCGGAGUAGAAACAGUAAGUUCUCAAGUGAAAAAAAAUGUAAUACUGUUAGAAAAAGUAGAAGAAAGAUGAAAAUCACGGAGAUGUCAGCCGUGCAGACUGUUUUCCCAAAUGUUACUAAUGAAUACAGUAAGCAUGAGUUACCAGCAGAAGCAGCAGUUGCCUCUUCAGACUCCUCUGCAACCUUAGGACUAAAUAAUAAAGAAACAGAUCUGUCAAAUUUGUGUGAUUGUGCAUCUCAUCUAUGUACAGAAAGCAAUACUUGUGAAGCACAAAAGAGUAGAAAGAAUAGGAGAAAGAAGAGUACUAAAUUACUUGCAAUUGAAGAUGGCUGUAAGACAUCUGAUCUGUCUGGAGUAGCAGAAAGAAAAGAUUCAAACAUUGUGGCAUCACAGUGCCAUUCUGCUACUUCAAGUAGCCUGAGAUCACUAACUCAUGCCCAUAGUGUUUCUAAUCAUCACAACAGUGUGAUGGAUGAAAAAUUAAAUAAAGUUAAAAAGAAAUUGAAGCAGUUUACCUGUCAAAGAGCAAUACCCAUGACUGGCAAGCAUGUUUGGCCUAUUGAAUCUUGUGCCAGGACUUCUGGAUGGGUCCCUGAAAGUCAUGGGUCUGUCUCAGAAGGAAAAAUAAUUUUAAGUCCAGUCUUUGCAGAGUCCUCUGAUGAAAGCGGUGUCAAAACUAUAGGAAACAGUGCUGUGACAGGGAGUUUCAGACCGUUGGUUUUGCAUACGUCAUUGGCAGAAGUUAACAAAGAACCUACGCAUAACAUAAUGGAUCUAAACACUGACUGUCUAACUUCAGUUGAAAUCUCAGAAUCUUCUGUGGUUAUUUAUGAGACUUGUAGAAUGAGCAAUGAAAAUGCAGAAUCACCAGUUAAUAUGGUUAAAAGUGCUGUGUCUUUUAACCCUGAUGAUAUGCAAGAAGAUAAAGCAACCUCCAAUUUUACAAGUGCAAAAGAUAAAGGAGCUGCAUCAAAGAGAAAUCCGUCUGUGGCAGGCCAGAAUAGUGCAUUUAAAGGAAAACGAAACAGAGUAAACUUAGAUCAUAAGGCAUCAGUUGUGAACCAGAUGCUUUCUGAUUUAAAACAAACAACAGUACUAAACACCAGAAACCUGACAAAUUUCAAAAUACCUUUACGCAGAAACAAACCUGAAUCUGGGACAUUGGAACCUGUCAGUUCAUUUGAGAGUAAAACCUGUAGCCCACCAGAGCUUGAUAGCACUAGUAUUUCAGGAAGUCAGAAAAGAGAUGAGAAAACUACCUUGAUGCAGGUGAAGCAGCAGCUUCUUCCUGUAGUAAGUGAUGCUGUAUCUUCAGCUUCCAUGAAGAAAAAAGCUGUUGAUGGCUCUGAAAAGCUUUCAGAUGAGAUGUCCGCACUCCCUGAUCCUGUCUUUUUAUAUCCAUGUCCUCCUGAGAGACAGAUAAAAUCAUCUUCAUCUGAGUUCUGUGGUACUGAAUUUGUAUGGAAAUCAGAGGUUUCCCAUCAUUCAGGGGAUGCAGUUGACCACCGUGUUGCAUUAGAAAUACAUGAUGAUAGCAAAUCAAAAGUCAAUCUUCCAGAACACAAAAGUGAAAAGUUUCCAGAUGUUCUUGAAGCUUACAACAAAGAUGUUCUUGUCAUUGAUGUGAUCCAGGAUGACCCUGAUCUUUUUGGAACCAGUGGCGAAGAGGACCUUACAGUCACAGACAGUGAAAAUUGUCCUGCAAAGGCAUGCUGUUCUAGCAUCCUCAUUAAAGAGGAAAAGCAAUAUCCCGAGUGUGCUGUUACUUCAGAAAACAGUCAUUCAGUAAACGGUAAUUUUAGAGAUGUUAAUAUACAAGAAUCUGGAAAGUUGUAUGAUGCUGAAAAUUCAUGGGAUUUGAUGCUAAAAGCUUCAGAUAUUAAAACCCACAAUUCCUCCAGUGGAAACAGCCCUAUGCGAAGUUUUACUGAGGACUCUUUUGAAGACGGACAACUAACAGAACUGGAUGAACUUCUAAAGAGUUUUGAAUUAGAUGAAAAGUUCAGUUUUGCAGAUGGUGUGGCUGCUGUGGAACCAAGAGAAAAAAACGAAGCUGAAAAAAGCGACUGUAAGUACAGAGAUCUUGUGAGCUGUGAACUGCUCUCAGAAUUGCCAUUGCAUGCCCCGAAUGUGAACGACUUUGGUGAAAGUAUGGUGCAGAAACCCUGGAAGAAUGAUGAUAGAUUCUCAGGAAAAAGUCAUUCACUGCCUCUGCAAACUUACGGAGAUUCUGAGACAGGGAAGACAGACAAAAAUAUAAAAGCUUCCCAUUCAGUCCAGCAAAUCCUGGAGAUGAUUAACCUGCCCCGUAGAUAUUGCAGAUUUUAUUUUGUGACUUUGCGUGGCUGUGAAAGGUCAAGAUGUUGGUUUUGGCAUGUUCCUAAACGAGGGCAUGAAAAGUUGUCCCAAAGUAAAACAAUUUUAAUUGCUUUUUCAGUCCAAAUAUUUGUCAGGUAUUACAGAGAAGUUGACCGUGGUGAGAAUUUUGAUUUUCAAGUGCUGAAUGAUCUUCUCAUUUGUUUGCUCAAGAAAUGUUUGUUGCAAGAAUUAUUCCAGAUGCUGAAUGUAACUGCACAGAUUAAUACACUACCAGCUUUAGAAGUUCUUCUGAGAGUUUUUGAAUGUGUGGCUUCUUUGAAUAUAAGAGAUGCUGUGCCUACACUGAUCAGUACCUUUUGUAAGCUCGUUGAUGCUGGGAUGUUUCUUGAGUAUGAACAUUUUAACUACAUAAUUAAACUCCUUCACCAAUUGCAAGUUUCGAGCCAGGAAAUAGAUACUGUUUUGAACAUAAAAUCCAGAUUUCAGGAGAUGCAUUUUAAAAGCAACUGGCUUUUUGACUUUAAUUUGGUAAUGGCAGAAUUUCAGCAUUGCAAGGAAAAGAAUGAUUGGGCCAAGCUGGGAGCUUUGUACGUUAAUGCAAGAACUGCAUGUGAAAAUUCUGAUGAUCUUCAGAAACUGUCUUUAUGUAUUACUGAAAUACUAACAAAAGAUUCUGAGAAAGACAGACCAGGAGUUCCUUUUUGUGAUUUUGCUGAUGCAGUAAUAAAAAAUUCCCAAUGUAAUGAAGCAGACAGAAUUUUCAUUGGAAGAGCUGGGAUAAGUGUAAUGAAUUCUUAUCGCAGAGUGCUGCAGUGGAUAAAGGGAAGGAAGGUUCUGGAUAAAUUGCAAGAACUACGGAUACAUUUUACAGUUCUGAAAGGAAUUACUGGGGCAGAGAGGUUAGCAUCAAGAUGUCAAAUUGUUAAUAAUGCUGCAGAAAUUUUUCUUGAAACAGAAAGUUUAGAUGGAGCAAUGUGGGUGUUGAGAGAGUCAGAGUGGAUCACCAAUGCACCACUGUGGCCCUGCACUGAAAAUGACAUUGUGGAUCGACAUAACCUGUUAUUUUCACUAAUGCACAAAUACAUGAGGCAGAGUUUCUACAGGCAGGCAUUUGAAGUUCUGCAGAACUUGCCAGGUUUCCAAAUUGGUUGCGAUACUGUUGACGUUUCUCAGUACAGCCACGUUUUUAAUAAGCUGUUAAGCGCCUGUUAUGAGAGCAAGAACCUCGGGGUCUCAUCUUCUGCAGUAGACUUCAUGCUUUCAAAAAAUGUUGCCAUUGAUUUUUUCUUACUUAGAGGAUUAAUCACAGGCUUGGGAAGAAGUUGUUUGUGGAGUAAAGCUCGAACCUACUACAAAACUGCUUUAUCAUUGGGUUGCUACCCACCACUGCAGGGAAAUUUACGUCACAAAAUAUUGCCUAUUCCUUUUUAUGUGUCUGAGGUUGAGAUGCUGUUGGCUAUUGAAUUAUUCCUCGUUUCAAAUGCCAGUGCUAUUCAAAGUCCAGGAGCUACUACUCAGAGUUUUCAAAUAAUACUGAAAAGAUGUGAAGACCAGGCAGUUAAGAACAGCAGUGACUAUCAAGCAGGAAGGGAGAGACUUAUCCUGGCUGCUCGUAUAUCUGAUCCAAAGCUUUUUCUUCAGCAUAUGACAGUGAACGUUAAUAUGGAAGAAGUGUACAGCUUGGAGCUCACAUCUGCUCUAAAAUGGCUUAAGGAGAAUAUGAAAUGGGCAGGGAAGGUCUGGCUGUUUCAGUAGUCAUUAAUUACUAAAGUCUUCUGAGGGUUAGUUCUUAAAGCAAUCAUUGUUAAAAAUAAUAAAAAAUACCAAAGGCAGUUACCACUGUGUUCAGACUGUGCCUUACCAGCUUAGAGCGAGGCUUCAAAACUCAGUUGUAUUUUUAAACACUUACAUUGAUGAUAAGUGUUGGUAGGUGUAAGGCAUCUGUAGGCAGAUGGUAGGACAGAGAGUAAUUUUUUUUCCCAGCUGUCUGGAUUAUGGUACCAGUUUACAUAGAUAUUUUUGAUGGCAUCACUAGAUGAUGAAAAAGCUGUAUCCUUAGGAUCUGCCCUCUCCUUUUGUAUGGAGAUUCUCAGAUUCUGGUUGAGUGUUUCUACUUCUUUUAAGUGAAGGGUUUCCCACAUUGCUUCACAGUUUGUAGAAACAGUAUGUUUUCUUUUGUUUUAUUUAUGUUAUUCUGGGAGGAUGUUGUCCCAUCUAUGUGCCCCGUAGACCUUCAAUACCUUAUUCCAUUAAAAAGUAGUGAAAGUGAAAUAACUUGAAAAUCAUUUACCACAUUAGACAUACCUGACUUAGGAUACCUUUCUUUUGCAGAACGGUGAGUCUGCAUGAGUUACUUACAGCUGAAGGCUUAGUUAUGUCUUGAUAAUAGCAUCUGUAUGCCUUCCCAUUUGUAUAGCUGUGCCCUUUCACUGAAAAAGAAGACUUACCUCUCCCUUGAUGGUGCUCUUAGAGGCAAGUGUUUUUUGGCUUCACCUCUGAUAACUGAUUUUACCAUUUUUUAGUUUCUACCAACUAUAUGAUGAGAUGGAGGCUUCUAGCAAGGUGGUUCUGGCAUUCCUGUUACUCCAGGAGCUCAUUUUCUGCCUGUAAUUCCUGAAUCACAUCUAGGAUGUGAAUUAUUUCAGUCAGACUUCACUUACUAAUGCAAUCUUAUUAAAAAGACUAAAUGGCAAAUUGAUGGGACUUUUGUUAAAGCUGAAAUUUGUCCAAGCUUUUCACUUUUGUAGUGUCCAGAAUCAGAUUUCACAAACACAACAGUACAGCUUUUGGUCUGCUUUCCAUCCCUGUUGGAGAUCUUUGUGCUGAGAAUUUCUGCUCAUUUUCACAUGGAUGCUUACAGGUUUUUGAAGCCUGUUCUAUCCUAAGUGACAGUCAGCAUGGUGCCAUUAAGCUCACAGCGCUUUAGAAGUCUUCCCCUCCUUUGAGGCAGCAUGAGUCUCUUCUCAGUUCUAGCAGCAUUAAUGCAGGUAUCCUUUGUCUGAAUUGGGAAAGUCAUCAUGAUCUUUAUGCAUUUUGGAGUGGUGUUGAUUUAUUUUUGUUUGGAGGAGAGAGGUUGGCAGCAUAUUCUUCUUUUGCAGAGAUCUCACUUGCCUUCCUUCUUAAAACAAAAAGUUAGAUUCAGUGCUAACAACCAGAUGACGUUUCUUUAAAGCUUCAUACCUCAAAAUUUCUGUUGAGGAACAGUUGACACUUAAUUCAUAUUGUCUUUGAGUUCUGCCAUUUGGUGAUUUCAACAAACUAAACUAGCAGUGUAGUCAACAGUGAGAAACAAAGUCAUUUCUGCUAAUUACUGUUUUGUGAAAUCCUCUGUAGCUUAAUCUUGCUUGGAAUUAGACAGAAGCUAUCUGAACCUCAGCUAAAUCCCCCAUUUCUGUAAGCAGUGUCAGAUGUGUCUAAUACUAUGUUUGAGAGAUGCAGAAGAACAAAAUACUCUUAGUAAUCCUUACAGAUUCAAAGCUUGUGAUGUUUUAGAGACAGCAUUAUUUUUCCAUUAUAAGUAACCCUGAAUUUUUGCUUAGAUCAUCCCCAGGAAAAAAAAAAGGAAAAAAAAAAAGUUCCACAAUAUUUCGGAGGUUAGUCGUUGACAUUGCAGCUUAGCUUGGAACUGUGGAAAGUUUAUGCAGUGUUUUGUCUCCAUCUUCUGAGUAUCAUCUUCAGCUAAUGUGAUGCAAUCUCAGUCAUGUCUUAUAUUAACAGGCAAAGCAAGCUCCCCUCAUCAUGGCUCAGAAGUUAUGCAGAUGUAACUGAUGCAUCAGAAUCCAGCUUUCUGUCAGUACGGUUUUUUUCUCUAUCACCAAGAUUAACAACUGGGCAAUUUAAAGAUAUUUACUGUAAGUCUUAUACUUCACACUUUUUGAGUCCAUUUGGAAUACUGGACAUAUCUGGUCUUUUUGAUGUGUAUCAGAACUUCAGAAAGAUUUAUUGAUCAACAUUCUCAGUAGCAUUUUGGCAGCAGAAACUCCAUUGCUAAAUAAGAUAUAAUGGGUGAGCAAAACUCCAGUGCUGAACGGAAACGGGCCUGAAAGGAUGAGGAAAUGUUCCAAAGGAUAAAGUUAAUUACAGCAAAAACGAUACAGUUUUGCCAAGUCAGCUACCAUAGACAGUACCCAUCUCUUUUCUUUUGCCCAGGUAUAAGUUACUGUUUCUUAGUAGAUGAAAGAACCUCUGUGUUAGAAAUAAAGCAACUCUUUUAGUAGAUUUUUCUUCCCCCAUGUAGGAGACAAAAUGUACGCUUGUUUGCAGAUUGAGAGAAAAAAAUGUGGGAAAAAAAUCCUGUGCUACACUUAGUAGCUACAUCUAGAAAAGCUAUGCUUCUGCAUGGCUUUUUUAGUGAAAAUGCAUGAGAAAUGUCUUUCUUUCUCUGUGGAAAUCUUUCUCCAGUUUUCACUGAUUACAGCGUAUACUUUUGGAACUAUUACUUUUGCAGGUAUAGACAGUUUCGUACAACUAAAACAGAAUAAUGUCAUUUGGAAGACUUGGAACAAUUUUGUUUCAAAGCAUUGAUAGUUUUGAGGGUAUUUCAAAACCCACAUCUUUAAUGGAAGAAGUGAGAAGUUGGAAAUAGAAACUUGUUGGUUUAUACGAUGUUUCAUAUUGUAGAAGAAGAGGGGAGGGAGGGUCAUUUUGGAGGAAUUGUUAAGAUGUUAAUAAAUGUUUUAUUCUUUGUGUGAAAUAUCCCAAAUGUCUGUGAAUCAGUGUUGUCAUUGAGAUAUUUAAUUCCAUUCAGGUCCCUGUAAUUAAUAUUCAUAGUUAUGCCAGAGAAUAAGCCAAUGGCAAAGUAGAAGUGAAAAGUUUAAUAACUACUACAAGGAUCUGGAGUAUGAUAUGCUGUGUGAGGAGGUUAAUAAUGUGUGAAAUCAGUCAGACUAUGCAGUUUUUUGCCAUUCGAUAGCACAUAAUGUAGCAAAUGCUCAUGAAUAAAUUGGGCUGAAGCUCCCAGCUGUGGGUAUGGCCAGCUUCCAGUUCUAACUGCAGACUGGAGCGCAGGAUAUAAAGGACAGACCUAUGUGCUGUGCUCAGCUCACUGAAGAAUUCUAAUAGGGUGUUAGUGAGACUUUUACAUGAGGAGAUACAUUAAAUUGAAAUUUCUCUUAUAUUGUAAUCAAACUUUUAAUUACCAAAAUAUUAAUGCAGUACUCCUCAGCUUAGGAAAAUAUGUCUGUAUGUAGGCAGAGCUAUUGCUAAUUCACAUUUUUAUCUCUUCGCAUUCUCUGGAUGUAUUUUGCAUCUUUGUCUGCUUUGUUGUGCAUCUCAAGUCUACAUUUUUCAGUCUUACCCAUUGUGCAUAACUCUUCUAAAGUGAUCUGUAUCAAAACGUGAUAGUGGCACUGCUGGUCUCGGAGCUUCUGUGCCAUUGGGUGAAAUGGGACUGAAGAAGUCAAUACCACUUUUUGACUAUCUUCCGGCUGAAGAUCAGGACAGAAAUAAAGGGGCAGUGAGAAAAAGGCUCUGUUACUGUCUGUAGCUACUUUUCUGCAGUGGUUAAAAGUUUCCUCUGGUAGGAGUAGAGAGCCAGCCAAAUACACUUUCCCAGGUUAAUGAUAUCUUUUGAAAACCAGGCUUUCCGUGCAGAAGUGUGUGUAUCACUUGAUAGAAAUCAUUUGAACGUAUAGAGUACUCAUUUGUUUUUACAGACCCACAGCCUUUCUGCUGACAUGCAUACAUGUCUGGACUCCAUUCCUGCAGAGAUGUGUCAUGAAGAACAGGCAAGCCAAGCCCACAAAGGAGAACGAGGCCAGAUAAAGCCAUAGUGCUGGUCCCACUGAAUCUGGUGGCAGUGUUCAUAAUAAAUGGUGAGACUUUGGGCUAAAAGUAGGAAUUCAUUCCUGUACUCAGAAGGAUGGGAGAAGGUCGUUGUCCUGGACCUGCACAAUGGAGCAGGUAUCUGGUAGCGUCACCUGCUGCUUAUCUAUCCCAAUUUAUAUUUUCCCUUCCUGAGUUUAAAGAAAUCCCAAGUGAAACAAACAAAUGAAGAGCACGCUUUUCUAUUGAAUCAAUUAAAUUUAUUUUCCCAUCUGCAUAAUUAUGCAACCAAUUUGCUUAUAUAACCAAUGGCUUCAAUUGGAAGGCAAAAACAUGCUUCACAUUAUGAAAAUUAUGCAAAUCCCCCAAGGGUUGUGAGACUGUUAAGUUGAUUUAAAGCUUCACCGAGCUACAGAUAGUUCCUAAGCCUUGUCAGUCCUCUUUUUAGCCUUUUCUGCUCAGAAAUGCAGUGGGUUGUAUGCGGAUAGCUAUGCUCCCCAACAAUUAAUCUCUCUUUGAUCUUCUACUCUGCAGCAAUAGAUGUUUUUCCUCAUCUUUCCCCAACAGUAAGAUCCUGUUACAGUGUGCAGUUAGAGAAUUCGGAGGGUCAAAAGAAGUUUGUAUAACAGUGUGCUUUUUAAAGCUUACUAGUCUUUUAAUUUAUGAUCCACGUUGUAUUAAAAAAAAAGUUACAUAUUUUCUGUGGGGAUUUUUUUAGAGAAAAGCAUUCACCAGUAGAAGGAAACAAUGCUUUGGAGUUUGUGUUACUCCCAAGCUAACAAUCUGGAGCCUGGUUCUUACAGAAAACCAUUGAACUGACAUUAGAACCAUUGCUUCUACUUCCUUUUGAGAGACAAAAUACAGAUCCAAUCUGAGAUUUCACCAUGAAAUGAAUGACUACAAGGACAUGACAAUUGAAAAGGUAUUUUGUUUGAACAUUUGAUUUCCAGAACCAUUAAGUAAAUAAAUUGAUCAGUAGAUGAAAGGACUUGAGAACGCAGAAGGUUCAUUACUCAAAUAUCUUUCCAGAACUGCUUCUCAGGUGGCUCUCAUUCAGGUCUCCCUCAGGUCGUCCUCUCAUCUGAGGAUGGCUUUUCACUGGCAGUGCUCAGGCAGUUGUGGAUCACCUGUCUGGAAGCAUGAGUGAGAGCAGAAGAGUAACUAAAGAAUGCAAAGGUGAAGAGUUUGUUGCAGUCAGUUUGGGACUGAAAGAGGUUAAGAAACAGGGGCUAAGAGUUUCGGUUGCUAAAGACUGAAUAACCCUUUUUAAUGGGUAUUAAAAAGGUCCAUUGGUCAGAUCAGUCCUAUGGCUUAGGCUGACUAAAACAAGAUAUGUUGCAAAUGAAACCAUGUCCCUGGGUGCCACAUCCACAUGGUUCUUGAACACAGGGAAAGCGUGACAGCUGUAGGCGUGCUGCAAGGUAAAAGGCUCAGCAUCUGCAUAUCUGUUACGGGAUGAAACGGAGGAGGAACAGAUGCAGGAUUGUUACUCAGAUUUAUGGGAGUGGUUGCUGCUUUUAAUGGGUCAGGUAUGAAACCGUUGGCUCUUCUGUGUGUUUCACCUCAUCCAGAAUUAAAGCGUUUUGUGAAAAUGUUAAGUGCCAGCACCAACAGCACCAUUCUUUCUGUAGAA